GGAAGCAGAUGGAGCCGCGGAGGAAGAGGCGGGGGCUGCCAGCUGCAGCCAGGAAGAGACGGAGACCCAGGGAGGGAGCCCCCCGAGCCUGCACCAUGAGCGUCCCGGACCCCCGCGACGGGGACUUCUCGGCCCCAGGGGAUGCUGGACAAAAUGUGACAGAAGUGGAUGCCUUAAUUGGAAGUGACUUAAUUGAUCCAGCAGAAAGGUACAAAAUGGAUCACAAGAGGAGAGGCAUAGCUUUGAUCUUCAAUCACGAGCGGUUUUUCUGGCACUUGACUUUGCCAGAAAGGCGUGGCACCAGAGCAGACCGAGAGAACCUUAAACUAAGGCUCUCAAAACUGGGGUUUGAGGUGAAUUGCUUUGAUGAUCUUAAAGCUGAAGACCUGCUGAUGACCAUUCAUAAGGUGUCCACCUCUAGCCAUGUGGAUGCUGACUGCCUCUUGUGUGUGUUCCUGACCCAUGGUGAAGGAAAUCACAUCUAUGCUUACGAUGCCAAAAUUGAUAUUCAGAAGCUGACCGCCAUGUUUAAAGGAGACAGAUGUCAGAGCUUAGUUGGGAAGCCUAAGAUAUUCAUCAUUCAGGCAUGUCGGGGAGACCAGCAUGAUGUACCGGUCAUGCCUUUAGAUGUGGUUGAUCAUCAGACUAACCAGGCAGAUGUCAAUGAAACAGAAAUAGAUGCUGCAUCCAUUUACACUCUCCCUGCCGGAGCCGACUUCCUCAUGUGCUACUCUGUUGCAGAAGGUUAUUAUUCUCAUCGUGAAACAGUGAAGGGCUCCUGGUACAUUCAAGACUUGUGUGAGAUGCUGGGAAAGUACGGCUCCUCCUUAGAGUUUACAGAACUUCUCACACUGGUGAACAGGAAGGUUUCUCAACGCCGAGUGGAUUUCUGCAAGGACCCGAAAGCCAUUGGGAAAAAGCAGGUUCCUUGUUUUGCCUCCAUGCUGACCAAAAAGCUUUUUCUCCUUCCAAAGUCUAACUAACGUCUGGGUGGCCACACGUUUUGGAGGUAGUCUCCUCCUCACUCUUUUUUUUUGUACAGUUAACAUCUUGAGAUGGGAUCCAGUGCCUUUAAACUUUUUUAAUCAGAUGCCCAUUUUGGGACAGAACCUCACUGUUCAGUGGCACAAUUUUCAGUGGGAAACUGUUAACAGUUUUACCCAAAAUUGGUACAUCCAUUAAUCUUCAUUUUUAGAGCUUUGGUCCUAUUUGCAGAUUAGCGUGUUGACAGCAUUCUCAGGGAAUAUCAGGGAAUCACCUUCCCAAGAGUUUAUGACUCAUCGACUUACAUUCUAUUAAUCGGUAGCCUACCUAAAUUAUCAGGUGGUUCUAACUUGUACUUGUGGUAUCUUUGUUUCUUGACCAAAGUCUGUUUUCUAAUAUUCAUUCAUAGCUUUUUUAGAUCCUUGAGUGAAAAAUAAAAACCAGCAAGUCAUUUUCCACUAACAUUUCAAUUUAAAGGGAACACUUUUAUCUUCUCUGGGACUUUUUGUAUGUUUUUAUAUAAGACAUUAAAAAAAAACAUAUUCUAGUUCAAAUCCAGCCUCAGAUAUAUAACACAAGCUGUGUGACCCUGGGAAAGUCACUUAACCCCAUUGCUUAGUCCCCCCCCCCCCAAAAAAAUGUUCUUACUUAAAUCUCCGUGGUGUUUCAUAAAUGUAUAAUAACCACCAACACCCCUAUCUCCCCCCCGCCACCUGCAUACAUACUUUCCAAUAAAUGGAUACUUCCCCUGUCUAAACUUAAAGCUUGUGCCCCCAACCCAUCAGAGAGCAUUAUCAUUCAGCCUUUGUACAUGUCUUCUCUUCCUUCUUGCCCCUCUCCCCGCCAAACCCCUUGGCUUCCCAGUGUUCUACACCUGAGACUGCCAAGGCGACUCCAUCCCCAUUCAAGACGCUUUUAUUUUAUGACAUCAUUCCUAUGGGACCCACUUCCUGCUUUAAUGGUGUUUCAUCUGUGAUCCUAUUUUAGGGUAAUGAAUUUGUGAUUAUAUAGACAAGGUAUUUCUAUAAGUUCUGUUCUCAGAUUCUAAAUUGUCAAUUAAUCAUUGACAGGUUAAAUACAAUAUAUCUUGCAGAAGAUUUUCAUCAUUGUAACUCCCCCUCCCCCAGAUUUUCUAGUCAGUGUGCUGCAAAUUUUAAAUGAAUCUUUGAAAUUUUAGUGUUGCAAAUUUGUAAACUUUUAAGAUUCCUUUUCCCCCAGGACUUUCUUUAGAUUAGACCUUUUAAAACAUUUUUUUUUUUAGAUAAAACACUAUUUAGUGAUUUAAUAAUUUAGUGAUCACCUCUUUAGGUGGCCAUACUAAUACUGAUUUCAUUCACAGAUUAUCAAGUUAAUGAAUAUAUAUUCUUUUAAACCACAGGUCUCUGAACCUUAAAGUGCUUUGCAAAACCAGCAACCUAGCUGUCAAAGGCUAAAGAUGAUUCAUUUUGGUUUCUUAUAAUGUAGUUGAAUAUUUAAGCAGUAGUUUUCAUGUCUUGUUCCAAUUGGUUAUUUCCUGGGAGAGGCUCUCCCACAUGGCAUUUAGGCACAUACCUAAUGGUCAGUGAGAUUCUUGUCCUCCGUCCAGACCCAGCGGUUGGUUGGUUAUCGGCAGCCAAAAUGUUUCUGCCCUUCUCUUAAUCUUAACUCCCCACCUCCUCUUCUCCCCCUCUCCCUGUGAAGGCAUAAUACUUAUAGUCACCACUCUCCACUGACCCUGUUCCAAAGAGGCAACACCCCAGAAUGUUUUAAUUGGUGUACAGACCAUGAACAAUUUCCUGGGCUUUUGGGCAGAUGUUAUACAUUUCUGAUUGUCUCAGAGAAAUUAAAUGCUUUAACCACUGUACUGUCAUUCUGUCUUAAAUGUGAUUAUUUUAAUAGUUUUUUACAGUAAUGUACCCUAAGCUCAGUUGCUACAAUAAGAACUCAGCUUUGGAAGCAAUAUGGAUGGACAAAAUUUUGUUUACAUUUACUACAUUGUUUUGAUAAUAAUUGGGUGCUUUUGUAAUAAAAAAUUAUGUAAUUCUA